AUGGUUGAAACGAUAAAAUUGCCAACGACAGAUAAUGAGUGCAUCCAAACUGAGAAAGUCGACAAUAACAACGAAGAAAAUGAGUGUAGGAAAAGUAAGGAUGUAGAUAUCGAGAAAGUCGACAGUAACAACGAAGAAAAUGAGCGUAGGAAAAGUAAGGAUGAAGAUACCGAGAAAACAGAAGUAGACGACGAAGAGACUUCACCAAUACCAAUGGUGGCGGCGGCGGUGAGCACAUAUGAUGAUCCAAAGUUAUCUUGUCUCACAUUUAGGUUCUGGGUAUUGAGUACGUUCUUCACAGCUCUCGGCGCAGCAUUAUCAGAAUUCUACUACUUCCGUCCAACCAAUUCCGUAUUCUCGUUAUUUUUUGUGCUAUUCAUGUCAUAUGUGCUUGGGCGAUGGAUGGCAAGAAUAUUGCCUAACAAAAACUAUAGCAUUGGGGGGUGGCAAUUUAACCUUAAUCCAGGUCCAUUCAACGUAAAAGAACAUGUUUGCAUUUACGUGGCGACUAAUGCUGGUGGUAUAACUGCUUAUGCGAUGGAUAUUAUCGCGAUCCAAGAAUUGUUCUAUAAUCAGCAUGUUGGGUUCUUUGUCGGCAUGUUGUUACUUAUCAGUACGCAGAUGCUUGGAUACGGACUCGCGGGAUUUCUGCGCAAAUACCUCGUACGCCCCGCGAACAUGAUUUGGCCUUCAAAUCUAGUAUUUACAUCAAUGUUCAACACAUUACAUGGCAACUUUGUCCCUCAGUAUAUGUUCACCUGGCUGACGAGCAUGGCGUUACUGUGUUUGGCUGCGCCAGCUAAUGCGACGCUUAAAAACUUGGGAAGUGGGUAUCAUGGUGUUGGCAUUCUGAAUUUUUCGUUGGAUUGGAAUACUGUCGGGCAAUGGGGACCAUUGUUUACUCCAUGGUUUGCAUCUGUCAAUUUCUAUGUUGGUGUAGUUCUAAGCGCAUGGAUUAUUACACCUCUAUUAUACUAUUAUAAUGUCCUGGAGGCUAAGAAUUUCCCUUUCAAUUCGCCACACUCUUUCGAUAAAAAUGGGGACAGAUACAAUCAAACAGCCAUAAUAGAUCAACAAACGGGUUCAUUGAACAUAACAGCAUACGAGGAAGUAGGACCAAUCUAUCUGUCUGCAUCAUUUGCCAAUACUUAUUUUUGGUCUUUUGUGGGGUUCACAGCGACAGUGAGUCAUGUGGCUUUGUUCUACGGUGAGGAAAUAUGGACGCAGUUUAAAGCUAGUAGGUCGGAAGAGAAAGAAGAUAUACAUACAAAGAUGAUGAAAGUUUAUCCAGAGAUCCCCAAUUUGUGGUACGGUAUAAUAUUCGUCUCUAUGCUUAUUAUUUCAAUCAUUCUUGGAUAUGUCAAUGGUGCGCAUUUACCUUGGUGGGCAUCGUUGAUGAGUGUUGGAUUGGCUUGUAUCAUGGUGUUGCCUAUUGGUGUAAUUCAAGCCAUUUCAAACAACCAAAUAGGACUAAACGUUAUUUCAGAAAUGAUAUGCGGAUACAUGCUUCCCGGCCGACCAAUCGCAAACGUAUAUUUUAAAACCUACGGGUAUAUGGCAAUGUACCAGUGUCUUUCGCUUGUAUCGGAUCUAAAACUUGGCCAUUACAUGAAAAUCCCACCAAAAUCUAUGUUUGUCUCACAAUUAUGGGGAACGGGCGUGGGCUGUUUAGUUAAUUACUGGGUCAUGAGAAUGAUUAUUGCAGCGAAAAGACCUUAUUUGGAUGGGACUUUAGACGAUCCGACUGGUCAGUGGGCUGGUUACAAUUCGCAAGUAUUCAACACUGCAUCAAUUGUGUGGGGAUUAAUUGGACCAGCUCAUACAUUCGGAACCGAAUCCAUCUACCAUCCACUCCUUUGGGGUUUCCUAAUCGGCAUAUUCGCCCCAAUCCCAUUCUAUCUACUCCACCGAAAAUAUCCAAAGGCUCAAUUCAACCUUAUCAACAUUCCCGUAAUCUCCGUGGGUAUGACCAUUCUCCCGACAUAUUAUACGAAUUUCAUCGUAAUGGGAUUUAUUGCCUCUUUUUUGAGCCAAUAUUAUGGGAUACGGUACCGGUAUAAAUGGUUUAAAAAGUAUAACUAUAUUCUUUCGGCUGCGUUGGAUAGCGCGUCGCAGAUUGUCACUAUGAUCAUUUUCUUUUGCUUGAAUGGAAUUGUUCAGGCUCCCUUUCCGGAAUGGUGGGGCAACAACGGCGAAUCAGAAGGCGAGCGAUGUUUUGGAUCCGAAUAA